AUGGCGGAGGCUCUCCUCUCGGCUUCGCUCCAAGUUCUAUUCGAAAGGUUGGCUUCUCCAGAGCUCAUAAACUUCAUUCGGCGACGGAACCUUAGCGAUGAACUCCUCAACGAGUUGAAGAGGAAACUCGUGGUUGUUCUCAAUGUGCUCGAUGAUGCGGAGGUGAAGCAAUUUUCAAACCCAAAUGUCAAAGAGUGGCUCGUCCAUGUCAAGGAUGCUGUGUAUGAUGCGGAAGACCUGUUGGACGAAAUCGCUACCGACGCUUUGCGUUGCAAGAUGGAAGCUGCUGACUCCCAAAUCGGCGGAACUCUUAAGGCGUGUAAAUGGAACAAGUUCUCUGCUUGUGUGAAGGCUCCAUCUGGCAUCAAAAGCAUGGAGACCAAGGUCAGGGGCAUGAUUGCUCUACUGGAAAAAAUCGCACUAGAAAAAGUUGGGUUGGGGCUGGCAGAAGGUGGGGGCGAGAAACGGUCACCAAGACCGAGAUCACCAAUAUCCACUUCUUUGGGGGAUGAGUCCAUUGUAGUCGGCAGGGAUGAAAUUCAGAAGGAGAUGGUGAAGUGGUUGCUUUCUGACAAUACAACAGCCGACAAAAUGGGGGUGAUGUCCAUAGUGGGCAUGGGCGGCAGCGGCAAGACCACGCUUGCUCGGCUUCUCUAUAACGAUGAGGGAGUGAAGGAACACUUCGACUUCAAAGCAUGGGUCUGUGUUUCCACUGAGUUUCUCCUUAUCAAACUCACCAAAACAAUUCUUGAGGAAAUUUGUUCUCCACCUACUUCCGCUGACGACCUAAAUUUGCUUCAGCUUCAACUCAAAGAGAAACUUAGUAACAAGAAAUUUCUGCUUGUUCUUGAUGACGUCUGGAAUUUGAAGUCUCGUGAUGAAUGCCAUAUGGAGCUUAGUGAACGUAAAGGUUGGGAUAAUCUACGACGUCCACUCCUCGCUGCAGCAGGGGGAAGCAAGAUUGUUGUGACCAGUCGUAAUAAAUCUGUUGCAACAACAUGGGAGCAGUCUCUACUCAUUGUCUUGAGAAAUUAA